AUGGUAGGCAGGGCUAGGGCGUGCGCAACACGCCAACCGCGAGCGCACAAGGCCAGUGCCCCACGUACAAACACAGCCGACGAGCGCGCCGGGAGCUAUACCUUCCCGCCAGUCGAGCCACACAUGCGCCGCCCGGAGCAGGUUAGGAGGGCGCCGUCCCCCGUGGAGUACGACAGCCGGAUCUACCCAGGAUCGGAGGCUGCGUCGCCUGCGCCGUUCAAUGUUGGUCGUCGGUUCUCGGUAAGCGCCGUUCGCAUGGCGUCGCGCUCGCCCCCGGAGCCCCCGCACGCGCGCUUGACACUCGCUGUGCACCCUACGGCACGGGAGCGCAAGCUCUCUGGACCGGGUUACCCCCCGCCGCCGUUGGCGCAUCCAGGGGCAUAUGGGAGGGAUAGGGAUAGGCAAGUCCGUGCGCCGAAGGCGACAACGAGCUCGUCGCAGUCGAUGUCGCGCGGGUCCGUGGCUGUGACGCACUUACACCCGUCCAACGAGGAUUCUAGCCCGGAGUGA